AUGCAAGCGCAGCGGUGGCGCAUGCGGGCGUGGCUCGCGCUGGUCAUCGCACUUGCGCUCGUGCUGGUCGUAUGGCGCCGGUCGGCAGCGCCGCUUACGCGCAUACGCACGGUGGUGCGGCCGGUGCGGCGGCUCCAGGAUGUGCGCGGCUACCUGGCGCGGCGAGCCGCUGCGCCACCGCACGCCGUCGUGGACCUGGCGCGACUCGAGACGUGGGAGGAUGUGCCGCAGACGUGGCCCGACGUGUCGGACCGCCACACACUGCGCAUGCUCGCGCGCUUCGCGUGCUGGGCGUACUACGAGACGGUGCCGGCGCGCCUGCCCGAUGCGCCGGGCUGGGCGUGGUCGUCCAAGUUCGGCUGGGACGAGGGCGGCUUGCGCGGCCAGGUGUUUGCCACCGCGAACAAUGCGACGGUGGUCGUGGCACUCAAGGGCACGAGCGCGAGCAUCCUGCCGGGCGGAAGCACGGCGCAGCGCGACAAGGACAAUGACAACCUGCUCUUUAGCUGCUGCUGCGCGCGCGUCGACAGCUCGUGGAAGCCGAUGUGCGACUGCUGGCACGACCCGAACACAUGCGACUCGCGGUGCAUGGGGCGCACGCUGAUCGAGCGCUCGCUCUACUACCCUGCGGCCACGGACCUGUACAACAACAUCUCGUACCUGUACCCCAACAGCCAGGUGUGGGUGACGGGGCACAGCCUCGGCGGCGUGAUGGCCAGUUUCCUCGGCGCGACAUUUGGGGUGCCGGCGAUCGCCUUCGAGUCGCCCGGCGACCGCGUCGCCGCCGCGCGCCUGCACCUGCCGAUCCCGCCGCCCAGCACGCCCGACGACGAUGCGUAUGCGCUUGUGCCCGUGACGCACGUCUACCAUACGGCGGAUGCCCUGGCGACGGGGCAGUGCGUCGGACGCAACUCGAUAUGCAGCCGCACGGGCUUCGCGAUGGAGACGCGGUGCCAUAUAGGCCAGAGCGUCGUCUACGACACGGUGCGGUACCUCGGCUGGUCGGUCGGUGUGCUCCCCCACCGCAUUACUGUGCUGAUCUCUGACCUGCUCGCGCACGACUGGGAGCCGCGCAUCCGCGCAGCGCGCCUCGGGCCGCCGCCGCUGCCGGCGGCGAGCGCCGUCCCUGCGCCGCAGCGCGAGACGCUGUGCCAAGACUGUGCCACAUGGACAUUUACGUAG